CGCUCACUCCGCCACCCGCGCUGCUCCUGUAGCGAUGGCUCGCUUCGUGGUCGUGGUCCUGCUCGGGCUGCUCUCACUGUGUGGCCUGGACGCCAUCCAGCGCCCUCCGAAGGUUCAGGUUUACUCGCGACACCCAGCGGAAAAUGGGAAGCCAAAUUACCUCAACUGCUAUGUGUCUGGGUUCCAUCCACCCCAGAUUGAGAUUGAUUUGCUCAAGAAUGGGGAGAAGAUGAAAGUGGAGCAGUCAGACCUGUCUUUCAGCAAGGACUGGUCCUUCUACCUUCUGGUCCAUACUGAGUUCACCCCCAACGGAGUGGAUGAAUAUAGCUGCCGCGUGAAACACAUUACUCUCAGCGAGCCCAAGAUAGUCAAGUGGGAUCGAGACCACUAAGCAGCAUCAUGGAGGUUUGGGGAUACCUCAGUUUGGAUUGGACUAAUUCCAAAUUCUGUUUUCUUGCUUUUUAAUGCUAUUAUGCUUUUAUGCUUUAUGCACAUAAAUCAGAAGUUGUAUGGAUGUUACCACAAAUACCAUCUUCUUUAUAAUUGUACCUUGGGCAUAUGUCUCCAUGUUUGACCUCUUGGCAGGUAGCUGUAAAGUGGGCACUGGCAGCUUAGAGGUGGGGAAGUCAGAAUUUCAGGUUGAUCAUCAACAUCCUGGUCAAAUCUGAACUCUUCAGUUUCUUAUGCAUAUAAGACUAGGUAAUAAGAGAGUUAUGCACAAUUCAAGUAAACUUCCAAUUUGUAAUUUUGCUUAAAAUUUUUGAAAGUUAAUUUUCAGAAUUAUGGAAAUUUGUUUUAGGGCAUGAAACAUUUUGCCGUAUAAAAUUCAUAUUUACCUCUUACACCUGUUAUAGACCUGGUUGUGCCUAUUUUUAUUUUGUUUUUGUUUCACUAAUUAAAACAAUGGUAAAACAUUGUGUUCAGCUUCUCAGAGGAUCAGCAGCUGACUUCUUAAUGUCAGUGGGACAGAAAUCCAGAAAAUGAUUAUGAAUGUGGUAAAACAACUGCCUACCUAGAAUUCCAUAUACAACAAAAAUAUCUUUUAGAAAGUGACAGCAAAGUAACCAUAAUUAGAGAAAAACUAAGAUUUCAGUACCCUUUAGAUCCUCACUAAAGGAGAUUCUAAAUGAUACACUUCAGGCAGAGGGAAGGCCUAGAAUGUGAGAAGAAAGGAAGAGCAAAGCAAAUGUAUUGGGUUGUGUAAAAAGAAAUCAACCUAAAUAGGAACAGAAACUGAAUAUUUAAUAUCUAACUAGUAGAGGGCACAGGAGCUUAUGGAGUGCUAGUAAUGUUUUAGAUGUGGAUGGUGGUUACAAGAGAGUUUGCUGUGUAAUUUUUUGUUAAAUGUACAUAUAUUCUGCAUACUUUAAAGGAAUGUUAUAUUUCAUAAUGUGGUUUAUUAUAGUAACAGAUUAAAGGAUAUGAUUUAUAUGA